AUGAGAAUUGAGCGGCGACUCUUUAAGAAUAAAUGGCGUAGAGGACGAGUGGGACAAGUCUGUGUUAGUCCGAGCCGGAAAGAAGAAAAUCACCAGAAAAAUUUCCAGGCCAAGUCCACUCGGACGACUGGAGGGGAGCGCGCAAAUCCCGCUGUGAACUGGGGAUACGCAGCAAUUGUAAGGCGCGACCAAAACCUUACGAGAGCGUGGAGGAGAGGAGAGGAGGAGGAGGAUUGGAAACGGUUGGUCGAACGAACGGUGAUCGCUGGUCAGUCAAUCUCCGGAUUGCAGCUGGACCGUGGAUCAAUGAGAGUCGCGAUGAUCGCGGCGAGUGGAGCCGCGCAGCGUUUUGUUGGGAACUCGGCGACCUUCAAGCCUCGGCCCAACAAAGCGUUACUGGAGAGCUCUGGCAUGCUUGUGAAAUGUGAACAGAUGCUGAUGAAGAUGAUGGAUUGGCAUUGGAAAUUGCAUAGGGAUCUCACAUAUGAUGACCUGCCCGGGAUCACUGGAUAUUUCUCCGCCUCGACAAGCCGAACCAUCACCCUCCGCAAUUACUCUCAACCGCAUGAAACCAGUGGUACAACAUCUCCCAUUCAGCUACAGAUAAAGCAGUUGGGUGGAUCCCGUGACUGCAACAUGACUCGUGGGGCUGACUCAGCAGCUGACAUCACUCAACCAUCAUUGACUCGACAAAUGCGGCAGCUGUGCCCUCAUUGGCCAGAAACGAGGAUUCUGAGCCUGACGGGUCAGAACGCACAUCUCUCGUAUUCUUUCUGUGAUCAUCAUCAAAGUCAUGCAGUUGAGCCUAGAGCUCGUGAUCAGGGAGAUGGAUCGACAUAUUGGCGUGUGCUUUUGAGUAAUAGCAGCUUCUGUGGUCGUAGCUUACUGUAUCCCCUUAACAUUGGGAAUAUAGGGAAAGACAGGAAUUCAAUGAGUACUAGCGGAGACUACAUGCUUGACUGA